AUUGUGGUGGGCCUCUCGCUGUUGGCGUUGGGCUGGUACUAUCUGAAGCAUCAUUACUCAUAUUGGGAUCGACGAGGCUUUCCCACCGAUAAGAAUGCUUCUAUUCCCUUUGGAUGUCUCGGAAGCGUCUUAAAAAUGCAGAAGGCCAUGGGCAUGGCAGUUCACGAUGUCUACUUGUAAAGUAAAGAGCGUUUUCUCGGCACCUAUUUACUCUUCCGUCCAGCUGUUUUGGUGCGUGACGCAGAGUUGGCCCGGCGAGUGCUUGCCCAAGAUUUCGCUAGUUUUCACGAUCGCGGCAUAUAUGUCGAUGAAGAAAAAGGCCCAUUGCCGGCAUCGAUAUUUGCAUUACCCGGUCAGAGUUGGCGUUCUAUGCGACAGAAGCUUUCGCCCUGCUUCACCUCCGGCAAGCUGAAGGCAAUGUACAGCAGCGGCGAAGACAUUGGUAACAAAAUGGUAAAUCACUUGCAGAAAGAAUUGCCGGAACAAGGUUCCAAGGAAGUGGAUCUUAAGGCUGUGAUGCAAAUAUAUGCCAUCGACAUCAUUGGCUCCACAAUCUUCGGACUGCAUAUCAACAGUUAUGAGCAGCCUGAUAACAAGUUCAGGAAGUUGGUUACCGCUUUACCAACCGAUAAUCGCAUAAUGGCCUACAUGCAGACGCUGGUUAUUUUAAUUCCCUCCGUCGCACGGUUGAUCUUCAGCCUUCGCUUGCCGAAUGUUAUCGGAGCUGCCAUGUUAGCCAUUGUAGGGGAGACCAUGGAGCAAAGAGAAAAACUGGGCAAUGUGCGUAAGGACAUGCAAUUGAGAAACAAAGGUAAAGUCGAUGAGGAUGACAAUAAGACCUGGAGUUUAGAGACAACAGAUGACGGAUACUUAAAGAGCAUGUCGCUGGAGGCAAUUACCGCGCAGGCUACCGUCUUUUAUUUCGCUGGACAGGAGACAACGGGAUCGACAGCUGCAUUCACUAUUUUUGAGCUUGCCCAGAAUCCGGAGCAUCUUGAGCGACUUCAAAACGAGGUGGAUGAAACAUUGAAGCAGAAUAAUGGGCAAAUUUCUUACGAUGUGCUUAACAAGAUGGAGUUCCUCGACCUCUGUGUGACCGAAACUUUGCGCAAAUAUCCUGGUUUGCCCAUGUUAAACCGAGAGUACACUAAGGACUUUACUUUGCCAGACACGGAUUAUGUAAUUAAGAAGGGCACUCCUGUUGUGAUCUCCCUUUAUGGAAUACACCGUGACCCCGAGUACUUCCCGGAUCCCGACAAAUAUGAUCCGAAUCGAUUUACAGAGGAAACCAAGAACUACAAUCCCGUCGCAUAUAUGCCCUUCGGCGACGGGCCCAGGAUCUGCAUUGCCCAGCGAAUGGGUCGCAUUAACUCCAAGCUAGCCAUUGUAAAAAUACUGCAACACUUUGAUGUCGAAGUGAUGGGCAAACGGGAGUUACAGUAUGAGCCCUCUGGCUUUCCACUAGUGCCCAAGGAUGGAGCAAAGGUUCGUUUCUCCAAACGGACACUCUUGGCUCAGUAGUGAUU